AUGGCUGCAAUGAAUAAGCCCACGUUUGACGCAAUCUUGACGCAUGCAGUGGAGUCCUGCAGCAGCAGCAGCAGCAGCAGCAGCAGCUUCGUGCCUGGGGAGCAUCAGGGAGUGUACAGCACGGUGUCUCCAUCUGCUGCAGCAGCUGCAGCCGGAGGCGCUGCAGGGGCGUCGGGGGGCGCUGCUGCUGCUGCGCCGGCAGCAGCGGACCCCGCAGCAGCAGCAGCAGCAACAGCAGCAGCAGCAGCAGCAGCAGCAACGCGGCUGCGGCCUGUGCUGGUCUUCGUGGCUUCGCGAAGACAAACUCGACUAACAGCUCGAGAGCUCAUCGCGCUGCAGCACAUGAGCGACAGCGGCAUUUCUUUUCUUUGUUUGAAGACGCAGCAGCAGCAGACUGCCUACGCCAACGCCCUCAAAAAAGUCAAGCGGCCCCACGCCCCCUGCGCCCGCAGCGAGCGCCUGCGCUCCCAACGCUCGCGGGCCUAG